GAUGCGCCUACUUCAACCCUCGUAGUUGUUUUGAGUCCUGUGUCCCGUCAAGGCUUCCCAAGGCGCAGCCAGCCAGAACUUCAUUUCCCAGGUGGCAUCGUGAUUUGACAGUCCAAGUGACCGGAGGGAGCCGCGGCUGGAGGGUGGCAAAAUUCUUGAAUCCUUUUCUUUUUUAGCUCGUUAUUUAAGUCACGGUAAGCCACUGUCUCGCCUUUGUCAGUGAAAACUCCGCUGAGCCGUAAUCUCCUGCCCCACCACAAGCUUUUAAACAGAUAUGAGCGGCAGCGGGCGGCCCAGGACGAGCUCGUUUGCUGACCCUCCCGGCGCCGCUUCAUCAUCCGCGGGAUCAGCCGCUGUCGUGGGGAGUAACACGGGAAAGUCCGGGGUCUCUCAGGCCUCGGGGGGAAGCUCGUCUAAUCUGAAGUUGGGGAGAGCUGGAGGUGAGGUGACGACAGUGGUCGCCACCCCUGGUCAAGGUCCAGACCGUCCACAAGAGGUGUCCUAUACAGACAUCAAGGUGAUCGGCAAUGGCUCGUUCGGUGUGGUUUAUCAAGCACGCCUCAUUGACACCCAGGAGUUGGUGGCCAUCAAAAAAGUUCUUCAAGAUAAAAGGUUUAAGAAUCGAGAGCUACAGAUCAUGAGGAAACUGGACCACUGUAACAUAGUUAGACUACGGUACUUCUUCUACUCCAGUGGUGAGAAGAAAGAUGAGGUGUAUCUGAACUUGGUGCUGGACUUUGUGCCAGAAACGGUAUACAGGGUGGCACGGCAUUUCAACAAGGCCAAGACCAUCAUUCCUGUCAUUUAUGUGAAGGUCUACAUGUACCAGCUGUUCCGCAGUCUGGCCUAUAUUCAUUCCCAGGGUGUUUGUCACAGAGACAUUAAACCCCAGAACCUGCUGGUGGACCCAGAGACGGCCGUGCUCAAGCUGUGUGACUUUGGCAGUGCAAAGCAGUUGGUAAGAGGUGAGCCCAACGUCUCCUACAUCUGCUCACGUUAUUACCGCGCCCCUGAACUCAUCUUUGGGGCUACUGACUACACCUCCAACAUUGACAUCUGGUCAGCCGGCUGUGUGCUGGCUGAGCUGCUGUUAGGCCAGCCCAUUUUCCCUGGAGACAGCGGUGUAGACCAGCUUGUGGAAAUCAUCAAGGUGCUAGGCACUCCAACAAGGGAACAGAUUCGAGAAAUGAAUCCAAACUACACAGAGUUCAAAUUCCCACAGAUCAAAGCGCAUCCUUGGACAAAGGUGUUUAAGCCACGGACCCCUCCUGAGGCGAUCGCUCUGUGCUCGCGGCUUCUGGAGUACACGCCAGUGACACGCCUCUCUCCACUUCAGGCCUGCGCUCACGCCUUUUUCGAUGAGUUGCGUCAGCCAGGCACACGCUUGCCCAGCGGGCGUGAGCUCCCCCAGCUCUUCAACUUCACCACAGCUGAGCUGUCUAUUCAACCUCAACUAAACUCCACCCUCAUUCCACCUCAUGCCCGUGCACAGACCACGUCCUCUUCACACGGUAAUGAUGCCAUCCGCCAUCCUGCUCCAGAUAGGCUUUAAGAGUGGCUGAGGUUAAAGCAAUGGCUCAGAUGGUUCUGUACAGCCCAACUCGACACUGACCAACAGCGCCUGAAGCACUGACUCAAGCAGACGCACACACACACACACACACGCGCACACACACACACACACACACAGAGUAUCUGAGCCACCUCCUCAGUACACACACGAUCGCACUCAUGCACACUUACCUCAUACAUGGUUCUUCUUCCCUAUUAGCUCCAAACUUACAAAAAAAAGCAAGCAAAAAAAGUUAAUGCUCAUACUCAUUUAGUCAUUCAGGUUUUUCUGACAUGUCAGUGUCUUCAGUGACUGUGUACUAUUUUAAUAAAUAGUGGUUAGGGAAGUCUACAACUACUACUGAUCCAGUUGUCUAAGCUGCAUACUCAUUCACAUGCACAACACACAAACACACGCUGAUUUUCCUGCUAAAAUUUGUUCUCGUAAGUCUGUCGUUUUAGAGUGAGUGUCCUGACUAGCUACAUCUGUUAAUAGUGCCUGUGACACAGGUUAUGGCCGUUUCAACAGUCAUGUUCCUGAUUACAGGGAUUUAAAAUAAUUGGUUCAAGUGGCAGGAGGGGCAGGUCCUCUAAGAUUUAAUUUUUUUUUUAUUAUUAUUUUUAAAGUAUGACUUUUUUUGUUCCUUUUUUAAAUAAUAUAUCUUAAUUUAUUUGACUAUAUCUUUACUAAGGAAGGAUGCAUCAGCCACCAAAAUAAUUCCCCCAAAUCCUCUCUUCAAUUAGAAGUUUGUCACUGAUCUGGUUUUAAAGACAACUGAAAUAGUAGUGAUGUAAAAACCAUUGUUUUUUAACUAUUAUUAAAUUAUACUUUUAGACAUUUUUAAAUGUAUAUCCUUCUCUCUUACUUUCUUGUACAUAAUUUUAACAUCUAGAUUUAGUGCAUUUGAGUUGGGAUGACAGUCCGCUGCUAGCACUCUGCCCUGGGUCUGAUAUUUACAGCAGUCUUAAAGGCCAGAACCGUAGCAGGUGUCCUGUUGAAUUCCGCACACAUGGCGAACAACAUGGGCAAACUUGUGGAGAAGCCUUUUGAGCUUUCCAUUUGUUCUUAAUGAAGGGAAAAGUGUAGGUUAACGUGUGUCUGCUUCUGUAGGGUCAUGUAAAGUGGUGAUAGGUUUGGAUAUCAGGCUAAUAUAAGGUAUUGUUCUAUAGCAGUCAGUUCCUGUUGAAGCUUGAGGGAUCUGAAGUGAGUGUGUGCAUGCGUGUUUGAGUGCAAGAGCUACAAUGGAAAGAAAAGUGUCUUGUCCUGCCAGUUCUGCAAGAGUUUUUAAAAAUGUGACUGGAAGGUUUUCUUAGCUUGGCCUAGGAAAAGGGUCAGUUUAGAUCUGGAAUUUUUUUUUUUUUUUUUGGUCUUAUAAGCUAAUCUGAUAUUCCUUAUUCUGUUGGUCCCACUGGAUUAUUUUUUUUUUUAAUUAUUGCACUGUCUUUAGGUUUUUGCUUGUUUUUUCUUUGGCCCAACAAUUCUUUUAAGCUUGAGGGAUUGUUUGUUUCUGUGAGACAGCAGCACAGCAUGUGUAUUCACAAAGCUUCUCAGAGUGGGUGAGCUGAUGUAGACUCAGAUUUACCAUGACUUUACUAUUAUUAUGAUAGAUGAAGACCCUGUUUCAGUAUUUUUUUUUUUUUUUAUAAACAUGCCCUCGCCAGCUUUGCCUCGCCAAAAUUGAAUACCAAGAAGAAUUGUAUUAUUCAGUUGUGUACAUGCCUUCACUUCAGCUAUGUUAGCCUCAGUAAACUCUAGCUAGAUAUGCAAAUUUCAUAAAGCAAAGGGUACUUAAUUAUUAUUUUUUUUAAUGUAAUGCACAUGAAGUGAAUUAUAGCGUUAGUUUAGAACUAUGGUGUAUUGCCUCUUCUUUUGUUGUUGCUAGCUGUGUAGCCUUGAGCUUUGUAAUUUGCAGUUUAGCAGAGUAAUGAAGUGGCAUCAUAUGUAUAACAGAGUAGUUUGCUACCGUAAGCCCAGUAUGAGCACAGUAAAUGAGUUAUGGUUUAAAAAUAUGAAGCAUUUUGAAGUAUUUAAUUACUGUUUUUUGAAUAGCCUUGUAGCCUGUUGGGGGUGGGCGAAAAGGGAGCAGUGAUUUCUGCUGAUGAAGUCAAUUCAACAAGGGCUCAUCAGACACAUUUCACUUGAUCUAAUAAAGUAAUGAAAAAUCCCUUAAGAUAUCUUUUAGAUCUUUAGGCAUUCCCCCCAGGCAAAAUGGUGAGGCCAAGUAGACAAGGGCUUGUUAAAACCAAGGUUUUAACUGAAAGGGGUGGCUACUCUAGGAAGCUUCAUGAAUACAGGUCCUGGUCAGGUCUCUGUCAGUAUUGGUCAGUAGAGAGAUUAUAGUGAACCUGUGAUGUCUGAACAUCUGACUGCUUGUUUCUCCUUUUAAAAGGAGUUGUUCUACUCAAGAAACAUAUCUCAGACUUUGUUGGUGUGGCCAUCUUCUGUCCCUAAAGAGUUCCAUCUUGAUCUGUGAAGCUCUCAUGAUAAUCUUUAACUUUAUUUUAUUUGGUUGUCUUUUAUUUCCUCAUGUUGUGGAGUGGGUGUGUCUUUGAUAAGGUUGGAUCCUCCCAUCCUUUUGUAAAUAUAUUUUGUUUUUAAGCAGUUUUUAUGUAAAUAUUGAAAUUGUACCACUUUUUUUUUUUUUUCUUUGCCUCCCCAACCUGAACAUUUUUCCCCCUCCAUCUCUCUUGGGUCAUCAUCUGCUUUGUAGCUUUGAUUUUGUUUUCUUCAUUGUGUGUUGUGUAAUCCUGUUUCAACAUGUACUGUACUCGGGUCCGUAUCUUUGGGACCUGAAAUCGACUCAUGAGUUCUAACGAGGAGAACCGUUUGAAGAAUGAUAAAGUUUGGACAGCUGUGUUGUAUUGCAUAUAUGUAACUUGCCGCUAUGAGGUACAUGUCCAACUGACUUGUUGUCUGUGACCUUGUUUGUCUUGUCUUCACGGAUGGACGUUUGAACAUGAGAACACUCAGAUGUGCUUUGAGACAAAGUGGUCUGACAUUCUUUGUCAUGAAGGGAACAGUUUGAGACGGAGCCAGCUGCUUGAAAUGUUUACACCAGAUUAAAUUGGUGUAACUGGUCAACGUUGAGCCAUGAAGGAGAUGCUUUGGUGACAGUGGAUCAUAGAUGUCUGUGUUUUUGUUUUUUUUGUUUGUGUGUGUUUUUUUUUUUUUACACUUCUGUGAAAACUGCUCUUUAGCAUUCUCCCACACAUGUAUGUUCGAAGCUUGUACUCAAAACACUUCCUUCUGAUCAGAGAUCAGUGGUUGUAUGUAUCAAACUCUGGGUUGAUUGACAUGCUUGAUGCGUAAAGUGUUGGACUCUUCUAUGUUGAUCCAUUGACCCUAGGCAUGUGUCUCUACAUGGGUUAGAAUUGUAUUUAUUUUUUAAAACAUUUUCAGUAUGUGUACAAUUGUGCAGUUUGCAUCAUAAAGACAAUGAUGUUGGAUGAUGCAAAGUCCUUUCCCCUUUCAUUCUCUUCUAUACUGUUUUUCACUGCAUCAGGAGCCCUUCUGAACUAUGUGCACCCCCCCAUUUUACUCAACAUUCUGGCCCAAGGUGAAUGAGUGGCUUGAAUGUUGACACAGAGAGAUGGAUGGAGACAAUCUGUUUAUCCAUAUGAACUGAACUCAUUUAAUAAAGUGAAAAGUGAAGCUGAGGACUUUCACGGUA